AUGGCCACUCAACCCGCUGCUGAAAUGGACGACAAGGCGCGGUACGAGGUUCUCAAGAGAGAGCUGGCACAAGCUCUUCCCAAAAAGCGGGAGUCCGACAAGAAUCUGGCACAAAUAGAGUCCCACAUAUACAAGUUAGAAGGCCAAUAUCUUACUGAGACUAUUGCUCAACAUGGUGGCAACAUCAUUCAUGGUUUCGACAAUUUCCUCAAGAAUCAGACUACGGGCCGAAAGAGAUAUGAAGUGGCCGACCAAGAUCGUGUGUUCUCUAAUAGCAGUCUGACAAUACAGAAGUCGCUGGAUCUUUUGGGAGAGGUUUCAGAGAAUGAAGAUCCUGGCAAACUAUCUGCAGGAGGAGUCACCACAGUUACCGUGCCCCCUGCUACGCAAACACAAACAUCUCAAGCACACGCAAAUAAACUGAUACGGGACCGCGAGUAUUCGAGAAAGAAGAGGGCCCAGAAUCGUAACAGAAGCGCGGGAACUGUGAGCGAUGACGACUCUGUUUCUGUGGCCACAUCGACCGGUCGUCCCAGGAAGCGGCCAAGGAUGGCGGAUGAUUAA